AGAACUCAGAAUCCAAACUUACCUGCCUUUUUUUCUUUCCUGGUUCCGAGGAAGACAGCCAUGGAUGCAGAGGGUCCAGCCAACAGGCUCUGCGAGGAAGCGACUUGUCCCCUUUGCCUGGACUUCUUCAAAGACCCAGUGAUCAUAGAUUGUGGGCACAAUUUCUGCAGCAGCUGCCUGGCCAAGUGCUGGGGGGAGCCUGUCCCAGAGGCUUCUUGUCCCCAAUGCAGAGAAAAGAUUCCCCAGAGGACCUUCAGGCCCAACAGGCAGCUGGCCAACAUGGCAGAACUGGUGCAGAAACUGCAGGAAGGAAGGAAGAAGGAAGAAGGGAGGAGAGAUGCUUGCAAAAUGCACCAGGAGCCCCUGAAGCUCUUCUGCCGAGAGGACGAGGCCCCCAUCUGCACGGUCUGCGACAGAGCCAAGGAGCACCGAGGCCACAACGUGAUUCCCCUGGAAGAAGCCUUCCAAGAGUACAAGGAAAAAACCAAGCUCCAGCUGGAAUCUCUAAAGAAAAAGAGGGAAGAGUUUAAGGGCCAGCGAUAUGUUCAAGAACUAAGAAGGAAAGACUAUCAGACACAGUUAGACCUAGAGAAGAUGAUGAUCAAAUCCCUCUUUGAGGGAAUGCAGAGAUUUCUUGAGGAGAAACAGCAUUUCUGCUUAGCUCAGCUGGAAGAUCUGGAGAAAGAGAUGGAGAAAAGGCAAGACAAAACCCUUGCCAAACUCACUGAAGAGAUUUCCCAACUCACUUUGCUGAUCAGAGAGAUGGAAGAGAAGUGUCUGCAGCCAGCCAGUGAUUUCCUGCAGGGCAUCAAAAAUUCCUUGGUCAGAUGUGAGAAGAAUUUAGGAGGAUACGUGCUUGAUGUUUCUCCAAAUUUGAACGAAAGACUCAAAAUGACCUCUCAGAAGAUCUCUGCUUUACAAAAAGCUACAGAGUCCUACAAAGAAAGUCUGGAGGAAGCUCUGAUCAAGGCUGUUUGGGAGCAAAACGUCAACACAGAUUCUUGCAUUCAAGCCCCAAAGAAAGACUCUCUCAGUCAAGCCCCAAACAGAGUGUAUGUGACUCUGGACCCAGAGACAGCAUGUUCCAGGCUUAUUCUGUCUGAGGACCUGAAGAAUGCGAGAAUAUUAGGAUGUACUCCUCGUCAGUACAAUGAUUUUCCCAAUAAGUGUAAUAUAUUUCCCCAGGAGGCCUUUGUGUUGGGUCGUGAGAGAUUCACUUCCGGAAGACAUUGUUGGGAAGUAUAUGUUUUCUCAGACCAGUGGGCUGUUGGGAUCUCAAGAGACUCUGUCAGAAAAAAGGGAAAUAUCAACCCAAAUACAGAUGACUCAAUCUGGGCUGUAGGGGUAAAACCAGGUAGACUCUGUGGUUCUGAAGUUUGCAUUUUCCCUGCAGUAGGCUCUUCUUCUUUUAAAAAAAAUAUCAAUAAGUUAUAUGUGGUCCUGAAUUACGAAGUGGGUCGGGUGGAAUUUUAUAGCUAUAAAGAAUUUAUCUAUGCUUUCAGUUCAAUAUCGUUCUCUGGUGAGGAAAUUCGACCCUUUUUCUGGGUACCCAAUGAUGGAUACCUGAUAUGCUGCUAAUCAUUGGGGAGAACCAACCCUCAUCCACAGUCAUAUCAAAGUGCUGGCCAAGGCUCUCUUUGGGGCACCCCACUGUCCAAACCAAAAGCAGGGGGAAGAGCUUCUAUUUCUUCAUCUUGAGGACAAGGAUCUUUUAUCUGCAAAAAUGCAAAUAAGAUGUUAGAAGACCCCUUUGGUUACAGAUAAUUUUCUUUCCAUUUGAGAGUUUGACUUCCCAUCUUCUGCUUUUUUAAGGAGAAAAUAUAGCUGCUCUUUUGCAAUAAAGAAAAUGAUAUGUAUAUUUAAACAUGUAACAUUUGCAAUGUUUUGGUAUAAAGGGCAUGGUUACUUUACAGCAUUGCAACCAAAUUGUACUUGCUUGAGUUAAUAUCUUUAUUCCCAUAACUUCCUGUUAAUCUUCUUUCCUGUUUAUCUUGAUCACUGCCCUUGGUCAUUAUUUCCCUGAUCUUAAGUCAUGUGUUUUCUAUUCCAAGUUGUUGUUUGUUGUUAUGGAUAUUUACUUCUUGGGUCUGUACCUCACCUUCCUCCCAGCUUAUGGUAAUUGAAAACAAGAUGUUAACAUUUGGUUUUUAAAAUUGAAUUGUAUUGUGAAAAUGCUUCUGAAAACUAAUUCCAAUAUACUGUUUAAAAGUUAAUAAAUAUGGCAUACCAUUCUGCACAGA